AUGUCGCUUUAUCACGAAGCCGCGGAAAUUCUCACAAAGACUCAAAAAGAAGGCGGCUCUCUCAAAAGCAUUGUAUUUGGCAAGAAGACGUGGAAGAGCGAUGCCAAGACCCUCUUUGCGCUUGCGACCGAAGCCGCGAAAUGGAGCGACGUCCUCUCCGAGGUCGUCGAGAAGAGCGGCAUCUUGAAAGUUGAGAAGAUUGUACACAUUGUGCCCUGUCUGAAACGAGGAUAUCUACUGACUGGGAAUAGCUUACGCCUACCUUGGCCUUACUGCUCACCCAUGACUUGUUCCUGGCCAAGAAAGGCAUCGCAUUGCCAGCAACUCAUGGCCUGAAUACGGCCGUCAGUCGACACAAAGUCCGCAUCUCGGCGGAACUCACCAGAGCACGACUACGGCGAGGCUUUGCUACUCUAGAUGCGCUGCGAGAGCAUGUGAAUGCGGAAGCUGCGAGUGGCCAGGACCAACACUCAAAUGGCCCGGACGCCAUACGACACCCAAGAUGGAUUCGAAUCAAUACCCUGAAGUCUUCCCUUGACGACGAGCUGUCUGCUACCUUCUCCAACUACACGAUUGUCAAAUCACUCAAGGAGAUCACACAUGCUACAGCAGGCUCCCGACUCGUCCAUGUUGAUGAGCAUGUACCGAAUCUCAUCGCUGUAGCUGGAUCAGAUGACCCGACGACUUUCAAGUCUUACAAGCAGGGCAAAUUGAUUCUGCAGGAGAAAGCGUCUUGCUUUCCCGCUUACCUGCUGAACCCAAUCCCUGGAGGUUGCGAUGUUAUUGAUGCCUGUGCAGCUCCGGGGAACAAAACCACGCAUCUGGCCGCCAUACUGGGAGAUGCGAGUCGUGUGAUAGCCUGUGAGAAAGAUGCCGAGCGCUCAAAGACUCUGCAGAGGAUGGUGAAGAUCGCCGGUGCGGACUCGAUCGUCGAGGUGAAGCAGAAGCAAAACUUCCUCAAGCUGGACCCAGCUGCUCCCGAAUUCUCAAAUAUCACAGCGCUUUUGCUCGACCCUAGCUGUUCUGGAAGCGGCAUCUUCGGACGGGAUGAAGCCAUUAUCAAAGUCCAUCUCCCUUCUAUGUCUACAGAGGAAUCACAUCUGAAGAGCAAGAAACGCAAACGGGGCGGUCAACAGCAGAAGCAGAGUACAGAACCGGAGUCUACAAAGGAAGAGAUUGUCGAGGAAAUGCCAGAAAACGAAUCGAACGACACUUCCAAGCUCAAAGCAAGACUGGAAAAUCUUUCGACCUUUCAACUUCGCUUACUACAACACGCCAUGUCUUUCCCGGCCGCAAGAACUAUCACCUAUUCCACGUGCUCCAUGCAUGACGAGGAAAACGAACAUGUAGUAGUCAAAGCUUUGACCUCGGAAAUUGCUCAACAGCAAGGAUGGCGAGUAAUGAAACGCAGUGAGCAAGUCGAGGGCAUGCAGAAGUGGCAUAAGAGAGGAGUCGAAAGUGGCGUGAGGGAUGCCUUGGCCGCUUGCGAAGUAUCAAAAGAUGAUGCGGAGGUGGUGGAGAUUGCAGAUGCGUGCAUACGAUGCGAAAAGGGUGGCCAAGAUGGGACGAUGGGAUUCUUCGUUUGCGGAUUCACAAAGGACCUACGCACCGCAACGGCGACGACGAAUGGCAAGUCGGCUAAGGCGGCCAACGAAGUGAUGACGACGAGUGCAGAAGACGAAGAGGAAUGGAAUGGAUUCGGCGAAGAUGAGACAUAG